AUGCGAAACCGCUUUUCCAAAACGGAAUUCUCAAUUCACAAAGACGCGGUCAUCGCCGCAGCCACACUUACGACCGAUUUGACAGAUCCACAUGGUCCUUCAUCUGACAACGAAAAGACCUUAACACCCGUCUCUACCGGCUCCAUCAACAGCAUGAAAAGCCGGAGUCCUGCCACACACAAACCGGCUGUCGCCAGGUCAAGCACAAUUCGAAGUGUCCGUAGCUUCGACGGCUCCGAAUCCAGUCCUGAAAGCAAACACAGCAAUUUCUCUAGCAGCGUAAACAGUAGCACGAGCGGAGUGUCCAACUCUCACUCCAAUCCCGAUCUCAACAAUCACACACAUACUCCCGUCAAAGCCAAACCCGACCCCAACAACGCAAACAUAACACCAUCGCGCUGGAGCACCGGCGCAGCGCGCGUAAUAGAGCCUACACCAGAUUCAGAGACCCCCGCAAUGUCAGAAAGCACCGAAGCUGUAGACGGUCAAUGGGACUCGACAAUAGGCAAGGCUGGCCUGGGAAAAACUGGCCGAGUUAUAAACAAGCUUGUCAGCGACAAUGAGGCUCUGAAGCGCGACAUCAAGAUCGAGCGCCUAAAAGCCGACGAGGCUAAGCAAGCCGCCAAGUUACUAGAAGACAAGCUCGACCGAAUGGUCAGCGAUUACGAAAGCCGACUGCUCGAGGCCAACGUCACAAAGACACUUCUCGCCCGAAAGGAACGCCAGGUCGAGACCCUACAAGCAACCGUCGAGCUUGAAAAGAAAAAAGCUACAGAUGCUCUACAGCGCGAGAAGAGCUGGAGGGACGAAAUGACAAAGACAACAAAGGACGCAACGAUCCAAGUCGAAGAGGCAACUAGCUAUGCGCAGUUGAUGGAGGGUCGCUACAACGCCAUUUCCUCCCAUUGGCAAGACCAAGGCGACGAGGUUAAAAGAGCCGUUACCAAGAUGAAAUCAGAAAUAGAUCACCUCAACGAGGAACGACGAGCAGAUGACGAUAAGAUACAAACGCUAAGGGAUCUCUGCGACCAGCAAGACGGCAACAUCAAGCAGCUACUACACGAGAAAGAGGAGAUUGCGCGCAAAUUCGAAGAGUACAAGAAGACGCAAGAGCAAGGCCUUAAAGACAUCAAGACCAACGCCAGAGCAAGAGAAGAUGAGCAAGAAGCCCUACUACUGGCAUCCAAAGAAACACUCGAUAAGCUCAAAUGGGCACUCAACGUUAAGAAGAACGUCAAAGGCGCGCAAUGA